CAAUCUAAAGUGUUUCUCUCGCAAAUAAAACAUCUGAACCUCAUAAGACAUCUUUAAGAAUUUCUUAGAAAAACAUGCUGGAAGACAGUGAAACUUGUUUUCACCCGGAAGAUUUUUCUCAUGUUGUUGUUCUGAAUUGAUUUUCAGCAGAUGUGGAAGCCACAUCUUUUUGUUGGGUUGGUACUUCAGUCUCUAGGUGAAGAGAGAGAUGAGUCUACUCAGGAUUGGCACUCACAGAAACAACACUGCAUCUUCCUGGCUUAUGAAAUUUAGUUUUCUUUGGCUUCUUAGUCAGAACUGUUGCAGAGCUAGUGCUGUUUGGACUGCUUACAUGAACAUAUCCUUUCACGUUCGGAAUCGCAUGUUGUCAGAGUUGGGGGAAACUGGAGUGUUUGGAAGAAGUUCCACUUUGAAGAGAGUGGCAGGAGUUAUCGUGCCACCAGAGGGGAAAACUCAAAAUGCGUGUAAUCCCAGUACCAGUUUUAGAAGAUCAAAGAACUCCGAGACCUGGCUCGCGCUUGUUGAACGGGGAGGUUGUACCUUCACGCAGAAAAUUAAGGUAGCUGUUGAGAAGGGAGCCAGUGGAGUGAUCAUCUACAACUUUCCAGGAACUGGUAAUCAGAUUUUUCCCAUGUCUCAUCAGGCCUUUGAAGACAUCGUUGUGGUGAUGAUCGGUAACCUAAAGGGCAUGGAGAUUUUGCACUUAAUUCAGAAGGGAGUUCAUGUCACAGUCAUAGUUGAGGUGGGGAGAAAACACAUCAUCUGGAUGAAUCACUAUUUUGUGUCUUUUGUGAUUGUCACAACUGCUACUUUAGCAUAUUUCAUCUUUUAUCAUAUUUGGAGACUUUGGGUAGCCAGGAUUCAGAACCGGAGAUGGCAGCGGUUAACGACCGAUCUCAAGAAAGCCUUUGGCCAGCUUCAGCUUCGGGUGCUGAAGGAGGGGGACGAGGAAAUCAGUCCGAAUGGAGAUAGCUGCGUAGUUUGCUUUGAACUCUAUAAGCCUAAUGAUACAGUGCGUAUUCUCACUUGUAAACACUUUUUCCACAAGAAUUGCAUCGACCCCUGGAUUCUGGCCCAUGGGACCUGUCCUAUGUGCAAAUGUGACAUUCUUAAAGCUUUGGGCAUUCAGGUGGAUGUUGAAGAUGGAAGAGAAUCUUUGCAAGUUCUCAUGUCGAAUGAAUUGUCUGGUAACCCCCCUAGUGAAGAGGGGACAAACAACGAACUUCCUCCUGCAGGAGGGUCAGACAAAGUGACCCGUGUGGCGGAGGAGGAGGAACCCUCUGCUCAGAACGACAGCCAGCCUCGUGCAGUAGCGGGAGAUGUUCAUCCUUCACCUUGACAGCAUGACCUUUGAGGAACUGGAUUAAACCUGUUUGUCAACUCAAGUCCUAAUACUUGACAAGCAGUUGGUUUGUUU